AUGUCCUUUAGCCAUAGGCCGACGCUCCAGCAAAAGAACAAACCAUUCAAGUCGGGGCAUGCGACCAAGGGCGCACGUAAGCGUGCGGCCAAGGGCAACGUCGCGCCGGAUCCUACCGCAUCGCGCGGCCCCAAAACGCCUGUUUUGCGCACGUCUGGCAGUGCCGAAGGCUCUCGCAAGAAUCGCCGGAACGAGGCGCGGCAGGUGUCACAGCAGAAGCGUGCCGCCCUUGUGGAAAGCACGCGCAUAUUUGGAACGGGACUUCGCGGAGAGAACCGUGGCGGAACGGGCCGGCACAGCAAGGCAGGUGCACCGCGGAUCUGUGCGAUUCUGUCCCUGACGCCCGAUGUGAACGAAUGGGACGUGGUGCGCGCCCUCGAGCGCGAUGGCGAGGCCUUGGGUGUGCGUCCAAUGGCAGGUAAGAGUGCAGACGAAGCUAUGGCGCAGCGCGUGCCGAUAUGCGAGCUGGACGCGACACGGUUCCGUCAGGCCGUGCAGUUCUUGCCCAUGCCGUAUGGUGCGCUCUUACCUGCCAUGGACGCCUGUCGCUGCGCCGACUUUGUGAUCCUUUUGCUAUCCGCAGAAACCUCGAUUGAGCCUGGGUCAUGGGGCGAGCUAUGCCUGCGCUCGCUCCAAGCGCAUGGUAUGCCCCAGAUCCUGGCCGUUGUGCCGUCUCUUGGCAUCCGAUCCGACUCGAAGAAGAAAAAGAAUGAAGAGCAAAGUGUGCGAAAGAGUCUACUGAGCUUUGUGCAGUACUUUUGCCCUGACACGAACAAAGUCCACGUGCUGGACGAGGCAGCGAGUCGCAGUGUUCUGGUUCGCACCCUCGUCACCACAGCUCCCAAGCGCGUUGCAUGGCGUGAUUUCCGCGCAUGGUGUGUUUCCGAGCAGGCCUCAUACGUACCAGAAGAUGAUGGCUAUGGCACGCUCAAGGUACAGGGUUGGAUCCGCGGUGCGCCACUCAGUGCGAAUCGGCUCGUGCAUAUUCCCGACUAUGGCGACUUUAUGGUGGAUCAAAUUACCUAUGCGCCACCUGGCGUCGAUAUGGAUACGGUGCCUGAAGAGACAAUGCAGGCGCAGUCAGAUGACGUGCUUGUCCCUGGCGCCGUGUUGCAGCGACGGCAAGACGAUGAGGCCGAUGACCUCGUGAGUGAGAAUGAACCUGACGCGCUGGCCAACGAGCAGACAUGGCCGACAGAGGAAGAGAUGGCGGAAGGCGAGGCACGUAUGGCAGAAGAUGACCUGCCUCCCGCCCUCCCAGGCACGACGCCACGUGAGAUUCAAAAGCAUAGUGCAGGAAAAAAGUAUCAGGCUGCGUGGAUCAUUGAAAGCGACGACGACGACGACGAAGAAGAAGAAGAAGAGGAAGAGGAAGACGAUGCCAUGGAGGACGAUGACGAAGAGGUGCAGACGGAGGAAGAAGAGCAAAGCCAGGAGGACGAUGCAUCUGUAUCUGGCGCAGAAAACGAGGACGCUGAUGAAGAUGAAGAGAUACGAGCGAUCGAGGCCUAUCGCGAGCAAAGACGUAAGGAGCAACAUACGGCUCGGGAGGAAGCUGCUGAAGCCGAGUUUCCUGACGAAGUCGACACACCGAUGGACGUGCCGGCUCGGCAACGUUACGCGCGCUAUCGCGGGCUCGAGAGCAUGUACACAAGCUACUGGGACCCGUAUGAGGAUCUGCCGGAAGACUAUGCGCGUCUUUUCCAAUUCGACGACUUUAGCAAAACACGCAAGCGUGUGGAAAGCCACGCACUCCUUGACGGUGUGGCGCCGGGUAUCCGAGUCUGUAUUUGGAUCAGACACGUCCCGCGCGAUGCGGCUGCGCGUGCCGUGUACGCAGAGACCAAUCCCAAAAAGCGCGAGGUGCUUCCCUUUGUGCUCUUCGGCCUGCUUCGUCACGAACACAAAAAGAGUGUCGUCAACUUCACCAUCACGCGCAAUACCGAGUACGAUGCGCCAGUUCGAUCCAAGGACCCUCUCGUCGUGUGUCUCGGCUUCCGGCGGUACCAUGCUCGGCCCGUGUACUCGCAACACCUGCGCCGUGUAGGCCGCGAUGGUAAUCAAGUGUACAAAUUUGAGCGGUUCCUGCCGCAUGGCACAGGUGCGGCAGUCGGCAGUGUAUAUGCGCCUGUGACAUUUGGCGGUGCGAAUGUGCCGGUCGUGCUUUUACGCAUGCGCUCUGAAGGCCAAGAGUUUGGUUACGAUGACGAUGGGGUCAGUGCCGAGCAGACACCACACCUUGUGGGUGCCGGUUCCGUCCUGGAUAUUGCUCCCACGCGCAUUAUCACGAAGCGCAUCAUCCUGUCAGGUCAUCCAUACAAGGUGCACAAGAAGACUGCCACGAUUCGCUUUAUGUUUUUCAAUGCGGACGAUGUGCGCUAUUUUGCCCCUAUCACGCUGCGGACCAAGUACGGCCGCACGGGACACAUUUCGGAGAGCCUCGGCACACAUGGCUACUAUAAAGCGCAUUUCGAUGGACCGCUCUCGCAGAUGGAUACAGUGCUGAUGAGCUUGUACAAGCGCGUAUACCCGCGGUGGUCGACGCUCUUCCGAGGUAGCCGAGACCAAUUGCCCCUGGUGGAGCCAUAG